UACGAGGGGAGGAGUCCGGCCACUGUCCACUGUUCUGUGUUUCCUAUCGGGGGUUUUGUGCUUCCAAUCCCACAUUUGUCAGAAAAAUCCAACACAUUAAUUAAUAAUUAAUUAAUUAAUUAGUUUAGAUUCCCAAUCUUGGAAAGCAAAAUAAUAGUUGGACCAACUUUUAUUGGAGAUGGAAACCAAAACAAUUUAGUGCUGGCAAAAUAAACAUUUAUGGAGUUUGGAGUAGCAUAAGCAUUUCCUUCGAUGCCACCAAUUCACCUUUCUCUCUCAGUGGCAGACUGGCAGCAGCCUCUCACUCUUUGAGCUCUUCUUCUAGGUUUCUCUCGCGAAGCAAACCCCUUUUUCUUCUUUUUCUACUUCUACUUUAGAUUUAGGGUGUCUUGGGAGUCACAUUGGCGACAGAUUUCUUGAUCUUUAUCAGAUUUGAUGGGUUUUUUUUUUUUUUUUUUUUUUUAUUUUCUUCUUCUUUUGGGUUGAUUUAAUGUGAACCGUAGAAAUGUGCUUUUGGAUGCUGAGUUGACGAAAUUGGCAUAUUUUGCGAGAAGCUGCUUAAAGGGUUCUUGUUGGGUUUUGGUGUUUUUGGGGUAAUGCUGCUCAAAGGUUUGCUUUUUGAGCAGUGAAUUGGUGAAAAAAGAUCAGCAAAUCUUCUUGGGUCACUAAGGGUGGUGGCUUUUCUUGGAAUUUUUUUUAGGGGUUUAGCCUUUUGUUUUGUAAUGUGGCUCUGAAAUGAAACGUUGGGGGGAUCUGCAAAUCUUUGCGAAGUUGCUGGAGGUAUCUGGUCUCUGUAAGUGCAGCAGUUUCAUCUAUGUCGAAUCUCUGUAAGCACAUAGAAGACAUGGUGCUGUAGUUGAGUUUUUAAGGGAAAUAAAAGCAGUAAUUUUGCUAUUCUGAGCUUGCUAGUUGCUACAGUUUCGGGGUUUUCAUUAGCUUUCUUCGGAGCUCCCUUCUUUGUGAAAAGAAAGUGAUUUGAAGCUGAUUUAAGCUUGAAAGUUUGUGUUUUUGUUGUUUUGGUACUGGAUCACUGUGAUGAGAUUUGGGUUUUGAAGGUUUAUUGCUUACCAGAUUCUGGCUUAAAAUGGUUUCGGGGCACAUCGCAGAUUUUCCAUAAAAGACUUCGGGGUUUUGUUUUGGCUGAUUAUAUAUAUUAGAAAGAUUUUGACAGCAGGAUUUCACAUUUAUUGGAUUAAACGGUUGGGAUAAAAGGGAGGUUUUAUCUAAUAUCUACUUUUGAUACCAGAAAAGCUUAUCUGCUAAGAAACGGUAGCUGAACAUGGAUUUCUUUAAAGUGAAAAAAUUCAGAAAAGCCCACAAUCCUGGGCCAGAAAAAGAUUUAGAAGAUAAUCCCAUGCCACAGCCUGAGGAACGAAAGAUUGAGAAUGAUGGUGAUGAUUUGAGUAAAUCAGCUAAUUCUGAUCCUAUUGCUGAAGCUGAGGACGAUGAUGAUGAUUUUAUUACUAAUGAGGUGAAGAGGAGGUUGAAAGAACUGAGAAGAAACAGUUUCAUGGUGUUGAUUCCCGAAGAAGAGUCUUGUGCAGAAGAGGAGGAGGAGGAGGACGAGGAGGAGGGUGAGACAAGCUCUAGUGAGUGGAGGGAUGUGGAAGCAGAAGCUCGGCAGUGGUGGUGUGGGUUUGACGCUGUGUAUGACAAGUACCGUGAGCGGAUGCUGAUCUUUGAUCGGAUGAGCACGCAGCAGCUUGAUGAAGUUAGUAAAGGCUCCCAAGCCCCUGCAACUCCAUCACCAAGAUCUGCAUCUAAGAAACUCACAUCCCCUCUUCGUUGUCUUUCUUUGAAGAAGAUUGAAGAACCUGAUGAUGAAACUGAAUAUCUUCAGCAGCCAGGUCAUGACCCAUACCAAGAUAUUGAAACAGCAUAUGUAGCUCAAAUCUGCUUGACUUGGGAAGUACUUCACUGUCAAUACACUCAACAAAGUCAGAAAAUCAUGUCCCAACCUGAUAAUCCGGCCUGUUAUAAUUACAGUGCUCAGCAGUUUCAACAAUUCCAGGUUCUAUUACAAAGGUUUAUUGAGAAUGAACCCUUUGAGGAGGGUUUCAGGGCAGAAAUUUAUGCUCGAUCAAGGAAGCUUUUGCCUAAACUGCUCCAGGUUCCUAAUAUAAAAGGUUCAGAUAAAAAAGAAACAGAAGAAGAAAAAUCAGAUCUGAUGGUCCUUGCUCCUGAUCUCAUCAAGAUUGUCGAGAGUUCAAUCCUUACUUUCCACCUGUUCAUGAAGAUGGACAAGAAAAAAUCAAAUGGGGUUCUUCGCCUCUUUGGAAAUCAGAACCAGAUUGCAACCCCUCUUCAACAGAUUCAGUCUUCUCUUGAGAAGAAGGGGAUAAAACUGAAGGAACUGCGUAAAAGGACGAAAGGCUGGAAAAAGAAAUCCUGGCCCCAAACAGAUGAAGAUAUUCAACUAUUGUUGAGCCUAAUUGAUAUGAAGGUCUUAUCCAGGGUUCUCAGAAUGGUUAGGAUCACCAAAGAGCAGUUGUUUUGGUGUGAAGAAAAGAUGAAGAAACUUGAUUUAUCAGAUGGCAGGUUGCGGAGAGACCCCUCUCCCAUCCUUUUCCCUUGUUAAUAAUAGAUAUUAGGACCUUUUUGUUUUUUUUUGUAAGAAAAGCAGGUAUUUGUUGGAUGUCUGCUGAAAGUGAACCCUUUCGUUAGUUCUUGUUAAUGCUACAAGCAAUUCUCAUCUCCUCCUAGUAGGAAUGCCAAUAUGCUACAUAUAGUUUGAGCCCCAAGGGAAGGCUCUUUGCUGUAUGUUAUUUUGUUAACCAUAUUGGUGUAGCAGAUAAUUGUUAUGGACAAUUCUUGUACUGUCCUUAU